AUACUAUUCAAAUACCAUACGCUGUAAAUAAUUCAAAAAUGAGACAGCGACUAAGCACAUCUACAACAUCGCCUUCCAUAAACUCGAUGGGUGAGCCUGAACUUCCUAUUGCCCGAGCUGUGUUUGUAGUUACAAAUGCUGCCUUAGGUGCUGGUAUGUUAGCAUUUCCAGAAGCUUAUGGAAAAACUGGUGGAGUUCCACAUGCCUUAGCAGUUCAAACUGUUUUAAUCGUUCUCAUUCUUGGAGCAUUCUUUAUACUUGGAUAUUGUGGUCAAGUGAGGCUAACAGCAAAUUACCAGGAUACAGUCAUGCGUUCUGUGGUCCAGCUGCUCAGAUUAUUUGUCAGGCUGUUGUAGUACUUUACAUGUUUGGUAGUGAUGUCAUAUCUUAUUAUCAUUGGAGACCAGCUAACAAAAGUUAUUGAUCACCACGGAUGGUAUUUCAAAAGGGAUUUUAUAAUUGUCGUCAUUUCAUGCACAUGUGUCUUGCCAUUGUGUAUUCCAAAGAAAUUGAAAGUAAUAAGCUACUCAAGCAUGUUUGGUGGACUCGGGGCAUUUAUUGUAAGUGUAAUAGUUAUGGUCCAAUUUUAUUCAGGAAAAUACGCCGAUAAAAGUGCUCAAAAACCGUUUAACGUGGUGAAUGCGUUCGCAGCUGUUCCAGUUAUUUGCUUUGGAUUUCAGUGUCACGUGACGUCCGUAGCGGUGCUCGCAGAGCUAUACAAUCCCACAUUCAAACGUUUUGCCAUCGUGACUAUAUUAUCAACUUUAAUAUGUUCGGUUAUUUACUCCAUCACUGGAGUUUAUGGUUUUCUAACAUUUGGCAGCCAUGUUAAAAGUGACGUUUUGUUGAAUUAUAAUCAUGAUGAUGGUUUAGCAACAGCAGCUCGGGCAAUUGUUGUCGUUGUUGUAUUCAGUACAUAUGCUAUUUGCCAUUUUGUUGGAAGAUCGGCGUUUCUUGGUCUCUGGAUCAAACUGCGUCGAUUGUCACUUGGUCAGGUCCAGUCUUUGCAAAAUAAACGAAGAGUUAUCGUAUCAAUUAUAUGGUUCUUUUCAAGUCUAGCUCUCGCUAUAGUUGUUCCCACUAUUGGUAAAGCUAUUGCGGUUGUCGGAGGCUUCGCUGCCCAUUUCAUCUUUACAUUUCCUGGUUUAUGUUUGAUUCAAAUCGCGUUGAAAGAAUAUGAAUCACAGAGGAAAAGGACGGCAGGUUUGAUCAUUGGCGUAUGUUAUGUCGUAAUAGGAACCUUUUUAUUUGCGCAAACUGUAACUCAAGCACUUAUGGAUGAUAUUGAACAUAAAUCAUAGCUUUUCAUCUAAUAUUUCAUCACGAGAAGCGAUUGGUUAGUGGACUUCCAAGCAAUUGUUUUCCAAGUGUGAUUUAUAACUCGAGUGGUGUUCAGCGUUUCCUAAAGUUUUUUUUACAAGAGAACUUUCCUCGGGUAAUGUCGGACUGUGCAAGUUGUUUUUUCACAUUGCGUCCUUGUUGAUCUGGUUGUCUAUAAAAUUAAAUUAGAAAAUUGUUUUUGACAUUGAAUCUAAUUAUAAAUUAUAUGAAUUAUCAUGUGUAAGCAAGUUGAGACAUGAGUCAAGUUUGUUUACUUUCUGGCGAAUUUGGCAACUUAAAAUUUGCCUUACUUUUGCCAAGCUUCGUAUGUUGUUCUUUGAUUUGUUGUUUGGUCUUGGGUAAUUUUCCAUCAUGAAUAGUAUGAUGUGAAACGACUUGAAAAAAUGUUCAUAGUGAGAUACGAGAUCUUAUCAUAAACAACCUGUAAUCUAAAAAUAAAUCUAUAGUUGUCGAGUGAUAAGUUAAUUAAAGGUUCCGUUAUUUUAGUCAAA